UGAAAAAUAGAAUUGUCCCAAAAUGGUAUUUAGAACAUAACUCAAAAUCUGCCCUAAGAAAUCGACCUUGUUAUCUGCGGCCCGAACUUUCCCAAAUCCCACUCCCAACUGAUACUAAAAAGCAGAAAAAAAAUACACAGAAUCAAUGGCAGCAAAUUUUGGAUCCUUUCCAUUUUCCUCAUUGAUUCAAUUGACUAUCUAAAGAGGGAAGUAUUAGCAAAAAUUGGAAGAAAUGUCUCAGCAGAACAGCAACAACAGUAGCAAUAACAUACCAGUCAGCGAAGUUUAUUGGACCCUUGUUGCCAAAGCUGACAAGAAGUUCUCAAAAAUUCGAGAUUUACCCUACUACCAACGUAACAGGUAUGAUACAUACUUCUACAAGGUUUUCAAGGUAUACACACAAUUAUGGAAGUUUCAACAAGAGAAUCGACAGAAGUUAGUGGAAGCUGGUCUCAAGAGAUGGGAGAUUGGGGAUAUUGCAUCUAGGAUUGGUCAGCUUUAUUUUGGCCAGUACAUGAGGACAAGUGAGGCUAGCUAUUUGUCUGAGUCGUAUAUCUUUUAUGAGGCAGUGUUGACUAGGGAGUAUUUUAAAGAUGGGAUGUUUCAGGAUGUUAAUCUUUCCAGCAAGCAACUUCGGUUUCUUGCUCGGUUUCUGACAGUUUGUUUGGUUUUGAAUCGGCGUGAUAUGGUUUUUCAAUUGGUAAAUCAGCUGAAAAUGUUGCUUGAUGAAUGCAAGAGGGUGUUCCAGGAAACUGAUUUUAAAGAAUGGAAGCUGGUGGUUCAGGAAAUAGUUAAGUUUCUAAAAGCUGACCCAGCUUUUAUGAAUAUCAGGCCAUUGAGAUAUAGUGUUGUAUUGGACCUUCAUCCAGAUUGCCUGCCACAAGUUGUUGAAGCAAAGAGAAAGCUAAGAUUACGAGAUGCGCUGCUCUGUAGCUACCAUCCCAAUGAGGUUAAGUAUUCAGAACUGACUCUUGAUACUUUCCGAAUACUACAAUGUCUGGAAUGGGAACCUAGUGGGUCAUUUUAUCAGACAGGCGGGGUUCCUCCAAGUGGGUCUGGAACUGGUAUUGGCCAGAAUGGAGCUCCAGGGCCCAGUCGUGUUAAUUAUUCACAAGAUAUAUCUGAUCCUACUCUACCUCCUAAUCCUCGCAAGUCCAUCCUAUAUCGUCCGUCUGUUACAAAUUAUUUAGCGGUUUUGGCCACAAACUGUGAGGAGCUACCUCAUGAUGGAGUUCUUUUACUAUAUUUGUCUGCUGCAGGAAGCUCUCAGAACUCUUUUUCUUCUGCAUCCCAUGGUGCAGGGAGGAGCUUUUUGUCUCGUGUUGGCGACUCAGAAGCCACCUCUACAUCUUCACUUAACUUUGAAUUUGAAAAUGCAAAUCCCACUUCUGCCAAGGGGAAUUGCUUAAGUGACCAGAGUAGUUGCUUAUACGUUGGUUCUCGUUCCAAUGGAGGUCUCAAUGGGAUUUAUCCAUGUGACUUGUUGCCAUUCACUAGAAGACCACUUUUUUUGGUCAUUGACAGUGAUAUCAGUAAAGCAUUCACGUUCUUAAGUGGAUCAGAGAAGGGAGAAUCUGUUGCCAUGCUACUCUCUCCUGCAGUUUCACUGCCUAUAUCUACUGUGGAUUCUUCUCGACAGCCGAGUGGAAGCUCAUUCACGGGUUUUCUUACAAUUCCUUUACAGGCUUUCAUUUUGAUGCUUGGUUUCACGGGUUCUGACAUUGACAUGGAUAUGUAUGAUAAGGCUGACAAACUGCUUUCUUCAUCAUUAAAUGAGUGGGGUUUGUUAUUAGCAGCAUCAGAUAAUCUUAAUCCUGUUUGGGCACAAACUCUUGGAGAUCCAUUUUUACGGCGGCUCAUUUUAAGAUUCAUAUUCUGUCGGGCAGUGCUGGUGCUGUAUGCUCCAACCUUCAACAAGACAGACUUUCUCCCUGAAUGCAUCCCUUCCCUUCCAGAUGCUUUCCUGCCAACUAGUGACACAUGUCAAAGGACCGUAUUGCAAGUUGCUGACAUCUUUGGUGCAACCAGCAAGUUCAAUUUUUCAAAAGAGACGACCCUGCUUUCAGAUAACAGAAGCCAGGAGAACUGAAGUUGGCCACUAAUUAUUAUUUAUUUGGGUCAAUUCUGGUAGCUUUGUAAAUUGAUUUGAAAAUGAGGAGGCUUCUUUUAUUUGUACUUUUUCUUUUUUCUUCCAUAUUUGGCUGUUAAUGUGAUUGGGGGUUCUGUAGGUUGAUAUAUAUAUUCUUGUCCAGUUAGUCAUAUGUGAUGCUUGUGAAGUCUGAACAAUGGUUCCUCCAACAUUUCCAGUUUGAUUCAGUUCCCAAAUGUUUUUACUGCGAGCAGCUCAUGAUACAAUCUGUAUUGGCUAAA